AUGUCGUACAGCUCUCUUCCCACGGCGCCCAGUGAAGGGACCGUGAUUCCGCCCACUCCAGAACCCGAACCCGGACCGGAGUCGGAACACAAGCGCUCUCGCUCUACCUCUCGGGACAGGAGUGGCGACAAUGCCUGGCAGGGGUCCGUUGCAGAUUUAAAGGUGAAUGCCUCGCAGGGCUCUACCGUUCUUAAGAUAUCUUUAUGGAUCUGGGACAUUGUCCUGGCGCUCUUGCCCUUGUGCUUCAUCGUUCUUGCUGUCCUAGCUCUGAAGCUGGAUGGGAAAGAAAUAUCAUCUUUUGGCCAGUCCGUUAUCGAAGCCACACGCCUCGGCCCCUCUAUAUACCCCAUCGUCUUCGCAGCCAUUGCCGGCCGAUUUUUCAAGAAUAUUGCACGGUGGAAAAUCGAACGAAGUAAUGGCAUCAACUUAGCAGCGCUCGAGCAGUUCCUUGGAAGCCAAAGCUUUGCCGGUACCUUCGAGAGGGCCAUAAUUCUCCGCACUCACGUUCUCAUCGCCGUCAUUACGCUGGCAGCCUGGGCUUUGUCGCCCCUUGGAGGCCAAAGUUCCGUGCGGCUCCUCUCAACGGAAACCAAGACGAGUAUGGACAAUCAGUAUGGUAUUUUUUUUCUUAAUACUAUGCUGCUUAGCUCGUCCGCCGCUUCGGAGGAGUUCGUGGACCAGAAGAGGACAGUCAUAAACAGCCUCUACUCGUCGAGUCUCAUGUUGCCCCCUGCGCAAAGGCAGAGUUUAGUUGACAUUUGGGGGAGACCGAGGAUCCCGAGAUGGGAUCUCAGAAAUGACACUGAUGAGAAACGACUGGUCGACCAGGACGCGCUUUUGAGAGGAGAUCUAGAUUACGCAUCCCUCCUAGGCGUUUCCGUCCAAGGACUCAGAACAUUGGAGAGAGACGACUUGGUCUACGAGUUCUCCACAACUUCUGCUUACUUCGACCUCGAUUGCAAGAUGGUAACCCCUUCGGUCCAUCUUGAGGACGUUAACAAGUAUCUGCCCGCCGAUAGAUUUAAUGCUUCGAGCCUCGAGGAAAAGUCUCCAACGUCGAUCACAAGUCCAUUCGAUAUCAAGAGCCCAUACGAUAUAAAGAAGUUUAUGGCCCAACUCGACAUACCCGGCAACUUCAGCCAGAAGGACUUCAUGGAGUGGAGGCAAAAGAAGGAUCCCGAGCCUAUGUUUCUUAUUUACAUCUCAAGGGCGAGAUUCGAAAAGGGCACUACAGCUGAAAAAUACAAUUCCCACGUCGCCAUAUUUAAUUGCUCGAUGAUACCCGUCCAGGUGGAAACCGAUAUGCACUGCGGAGGCCAUCCGAUCUCCUGCAACCCCUAUCGCCAACGUCGGGCAUAUUCCCAUCCCCCGUCGACCAGAGACUGGCCCCCGAACUGGAGCACAGAUGAUAUAACCGACGCGUUGGGCAUCUGGCCUUUGGCUACUGGACCCACCGAUUUCGCUAGGGCAUCGCCUACCGAUAACUAUGUGGCGGGUGACGAUUUCCCCUACCUAGGGCAAGAUAUACGGGUUUGGGAUGAUACAGACAUGGCCAAAUUCUCAUCGCGCUUGACAACUGCCUUCAACACGUUUUGGCAAGCGUCGUUCACGCCAUUCAAAGCAACAAAUGCGGGGCUUCUUGACACUGUUGAACGGAAUUCUACGACCGGACUUUUGGAUAACGGCGUUGUGGAGACCUCGGGCAUGGAGCUCAGAACACGCACCGUUUACAGGGCGAAUGUGGCGUGGGCUAGCAUCCUGCUCCUGACCACGCUGGUUCUAGAAGGGCUCGCGAUCGCAAGCAUCAUAUUUGAGCAGGUGGUUAUCGCACCAGAUGUGUUAGGCUACGCCAGCACAAUGACGAAAGACAACAUCUAUACACCGAUGCCAGAGAGGGGAUCCAUGUUGAACGGGACGGAGAGGGCAAGGCUGUUGAAAGACAUGAGGGUGCAGAUCGCAGACGUUCGACCGGACGAUGAGAUCGGAUAUAUCGCCUUCAAGACAGUAGGGGCUGGCGCUAACUGGUCACUGUUAAUUGGAGAAUCCGGGAGAUAUGGACGACACGAGGCAGAGGAAAGGACUAAGCCUCCGGAGGCGGGUUUGGGCGGCUCCAACAAUGGCGCCCAGGCUGUGAAAUUCCACCUCCCACAGCGCUCGUACAAAGGUACUCUCCCAAUUGAUUUUGCGACGAUGACUGUGACUCUGGGCGUUGUCUCGCCCGUCGGCUCUUCUCCGUCGAUUGACUCCCGAGACAACAUCCCAGACGACCACCUGGAUAUUGAUCCAGUCGAUGAGACGUUACGAUCUAGCCAGCCAAUCUGUCGACCGGAGGCUUCCGAAACGGCCAACAAUAAAGACGCCGCCUCUUCUUCACAAGCCAAUCUAUCAGAUAGGCAGCCAUCACUUGCUGAACUACGAGAAGCCUACCGCAACCGACCGGUCGAUAGUCUAUCUGAGGCCGAAGUUGAGACAUUGAAACGUGCGGCUGAUUAUCUCACGAUCACACAUGAUUACACGGGGGCAUUCGAGCUCUACGCAAUGCUGUUGAAAUAUCUUCCUUUCCUGCUUAAUAUCUUCCGAGUAGCCUCAUCCCCUCCGUUGGCCUGGAAAUGGUUUGCUCGCAGGUUGAGGGAAUGGUCUAAGGACCUUGAACAGCUAAUCCUCAGACGUGUGCCUGGUCCUUUUGAGGUCCAAGGCGAGGGAUCCGAUAGCAAGAUGUUGAAUCCUUGCAUCCGUUCGUGUCUCGAUUGGUGCGAGCGCCAGAUCACCGACACCAAGCCAAAGGUGGUCAUCAAGAUUGUUUCCGAGGGCUUCGAUUCCGCCGUUUAUGGACUCUUUACGGGGCUGUGGAAAUUUUGGAAUGCAUCUCCUUUGCAGGGGGAGGUUUGGAUGACACAGACUGAAGACAGGAUGGGUAUCUCAUCGAGCGAGCUUCUCUUCGUCCUCUGCAAGUGCAUCCGCUGGGCUUGGAUUGAUCAACGAUAA